AUGGCUAAAUUUGUGAGCCGUAUGAUCAGGUGCUUCUUCUCCAUGGCCUUAUUACUUCCAACUUUUAGGCAUGCGCUAUCCCAAGCAGCUCAAGUGAACAUAGCCCUGGCGCCCCCAACGGUUUUUAUAACCGUCGACCAGUCAGGCAGCAACGAUUACACUAAAAUACAAGACGCCAUCGAUGCUGUGCCGUCCAACAAUGCCCUGCCCGUGUAUAUUUGGGUUAAACCUGGCAUCUACUACGAAAAGAUUAAUGUACCUUCAGACAAACCGUUUAUAACAAUAAGUGGAUCGACAAGUUAUGCAAGCGACACUGUGAUAACGUGGAAGGAAUCCGGCGAGAUAAAUGAAACCGCGGUCUUCACUUUAUGGGCAUCUGAUUUCGUAGGGCGCAACUUCAAAGUUCAGAAUACGUAUGGGACGGGUGGCAAAGCAGUUGCACUGAGAGUUUCGGGAGAUAGAGUAGCAUUCUAUGGUUGCAGCAUUAUGUCUCAUCAAGAUGCCUUAUUUGCCGAUAUAGGCAAGCAAUACUACAAAGACUGCUACAUUGAAGGAGACACUGAUUUUAUAUUUGGAAGAGCUUCUUCUUUAUUUGAGAAUUGUCACAUGCAUUCGCUUUCGGAACAAAACGGAGCUAUAACAGCCCAAAAAAGGGAUUCACCAUCACAAGAUGCAGGGUUUGUGUUCUUGGGAGGCGAAAUCACUGGCGUCGGAAGGGCAGUACUAGGAAGGCCAUGGGGUCCCUAUUCGACAGUCAUCUUUGCCUAUACUAAGAUGUCGGAUGCGAUUCUCCCACAAGGUUGGGACAGUUGGGGCCGAUCAACUGACUACUUAAGUAAGGUUUACUAUGGUGAGUACAAAUGUACUGGAGCUGGAGCCGUGACAGCAGAAAGAGUUGCGUGGGAACACAAAGUUACGCCAAAAGAAUUUACAUCCUUCAUGAACAAGGUUAGGGGCUUUGGAAUUGGAAGCUGGCAAGGUUCCGAUGGAGGAGGAUGGAAAUAUGGAGCUCCCCCUCGUGUCAGAAGAGAUGGAGAAGGAAACAAUGGAGGACGGCAACAAGGACCUCCUACAUCUAUUGGAGAUGGAGGGAAACAAGGAUCUCCUACUCCCAUUGGAGGUGGAGGGCAACAUGGACCUCCUCCUCCCGCAACUAGAGAAGGAGGACAAUAUGGAGCUCCCGCUUCCUUUGCAGGAGGAUGGCAACAUGGACCUCCUCCUUCCAUUUCAGGAGGAGGACAAUAUGGAGCUCCCCCUCCCUUUGCAGGAGGAUGGCAAAAAGGACCUCCUACUCCGGUUGGGGGAGGAGGGCAACAUAGAGCACCUCCUCCUGCUGCCGGAGGAGAACGAGAAAGAAACAAUGGAGGAGGAUGGAAACAUGCAGCACCCAUUCCCAUUGGAGGAGGAGGAGGAAGAAACAAUGCAGGAUUAGGGCAACAUGGAGUUCCAACUGUAGGAGGAGCCUCCAUCGAGGGGUGGGGUGAUGUGCAAUGGAGUGGUUGUGAAAAAGGUGCUGCCCGUCCAGGACUUUUGGGAUUGUUUCUUGUUUUGCUUCCUUUAAUCCACUUGUCAUAA